ACUACACACUACUACAACUAUUUUAUCGCGCUUGUGAUUGUCGAGUUGCUGUUGCUAUUCUUGUCUUUUACUCCUGGUUUUUUAUUAUUAUCCCCUUUCUCCUCACACGUCAGCCACAGUCGAGGGGAUGUUUCUGGCUUCUGCGCGAAGCCGUCUGCUUUCUCCUUCUCUCGGACGUGCUCCUGUUCUACGGCUGUCGAAUCGAACUUCUCCUGUGAGAAAUAUCUGGAUAUUUGAGAAAUUCUUUGCUUACAUCUGCAGAUUCUAGCAAUGGCUCCACAACGUCGAAAGCAGUCAUCUGUUCCGGAGGGCUAUGUUGAGGACCUCUCCAAAGGCAAGAUGCUCCGAUUCGAGGACUCCCUUCCCAAACUCCCAGUGCCCUCUCUAGAAGAGACUGCGCGCCGCUACCUCAAGUCGGUACACCCGCUGCUCUCCGCCGCCGAAUUCGAGCGCACCUCCAAGGCCGUCAACGACUUCAUCAAGCCUGGCGGCCAAGGCGAGACGCUUCAAAAGCGUCUCCUCGCUCGCCGCGACGACCCCAAGAUCAAGAACUGGCUGACCGAGUGGUGGAACCACGCUGCCUACCUGGGAUACCGCGACCCUGUCGUGCCCUACGUCUCAUAUUUCUACUCCUACCGCGAUGACCGUAAGCGUCGUAACCCGGCUGUCCGUGCCGCCGCCAUCACCACCUCCGUUCUCGAUUUCAAGCGCCAGGUCGACGAUGGUUCUCUCGAACCAGAGUAUCUGCGUCGCUUGCCCAUGGCCAUGAGCUCACUGCAGUACAUGUUCAACUGCUCGCGCAUUCCCGCUGAAGGCGCGGAUUACCCGCAGAAAUACUCGGCGCAGGAAAAUCAACAUAUCACUGUUGUCCGCAAAAAUCAGUUCUUCAAGCUCCCCAUCGUCGUUGACGGUAAGCAACUCACCAAUGCCGAGCUUCAGCUUCAAUUCGAGCGUAUCUAUGAACGUGCGGAGCACCCGGUCACCCCCGUCGGUGUCUUGACGGCGGCGAAUCGUGACCACUGGGCUGCCGCCCGUGCGAAGCUGCUCAAUGCCAGCCCGGCCAAUGCCAAAGCGUUAAAGGAGAUUGAGUCUUCGGGCUUUUUGGUCUGUCUGGAUAAUGCCGCCCCGGUUACCCUGGAGGAACGCGCUCAUCAAUACUGGCAUGGUGAUGGUUGCAACCGCUGGUUCGACAAGCCAUUGCAGUUCAUCAUUAAUGACAACGGUACUGCCGGCUUUACUGGCGAGCACAGCAUGAUGGACGGCACGCCUACACAGCGUGUGAACGAUUAUGUCAACAAUCUCAUUUUCAACAACAAGCUCGACUACGACAACACCUCCGUCCGCUCCACCCUCUCGGCCCCGGUUCCCAUUAACUUCGAGCUCAACGCCGAGACUGAGCAAUCCAUCAACGAAGCCCUCCAAGAACAUCGCUCGCAAAUCGCCGCACACGAACUCCGCGUGCAAGCCUUCCAAGCAUACGGCAAGGGCCUGAUCAAGAAAUUCAAAUGCAGCCCGGACGCCUACGUGCAGAUGAUCAUCCAACUCGCCUACUUCAAAAUGUACGGCGUCAACCGACCAACCUAUGAGUCCGCGACCACACGCAAAUUUCAAGAAGGCCGUACCGAAACCACCCGCACAGUCUCCGACGAAAGCACCGCGUUUGUUCGCGCCUCACAAGACCCGACCGUUCCCCGUGAACAAGUCGUCAAACUAUUCCGUGCUGCUCUCGCCCAGCACACCAAAUACACCCUCGAAGCCAGCGACGGCCACGGCGUCGACCGCCACUUGUUCGGCCUGAAGAAGUCGCUGAAGGAAGGCGAGCCGCUACCUGAAAUCUUCCAGGACCCUGUCUAUACUUACAGUGGCUCUUGGUACCUCUCCACCUCCCAGUUGAGUUCAGAAUACUUUAACGGAUACGGCUGGAGCCAGGUCAUCGACGACGGAUUCGGAAUUGCGUAUAUGAUUAACGAGGAUAGCCUCCAAUUCAAUGUCGUCUGCAAACGUCUUGGCGCCGAGCGUAUGAGCUUCUAUCUCAAUGAAGCAGCAAUCGACCUCCGCGACUUGCUGAUGCCCGAUCUGUUGGCGGAGAAGGAGAAGGCGAAGCUGUAAAAGUCUUCGAACUGAGUAUCAGUGUGAUAAAUGAUGGCUUGAUUUAGAUUAGAAGUUGAAGUUGUGUUGAUACCAUUCCUGCAGAUGUGCAGGAUAUAUAUUAUACAUUGUAGUUGUAUUUCGGACGAACUUGGUAUAGAUUGAUAUACUUAAAAACUUCCUAUUGACAGAGGUAACGCAUCCUUCUUCCGUCCUGUCUAUCAAAAUCCUCCUCCCUCAUCCAUCUCCAGCUGGGCCUGGAGAGAGAAUCGACAUUCUUGCAAGAGUGUGUCCUAAACCGUUGUGUAUUCAUCCAUGAUGUACUGUUGUAAAAUUGUAGUCCUUUUCUCCAUACCAGGGACGUAU